CCCAUUGGUCGUUCUCGCAUUUCGUCAUCACUGCGGCUCGCAGCCCCUGGGGUUUGAGGGGGUGAGGGGGUCAUGCGCGAAACGUAGUGCGCAGAAGAGCGUUCUCCAGUCAGCAAAACGACUGGGACUCCGUUAGCGAAGACAAGAGACUUUCGACCAUUUUAUCAUUUGCCAUAUUUUUCGUUGACGCGAAAUUACUGGGGAACUGAGGGACGAGGGGAUUCACUUAUCGAGAGGAUCAGGAAUUAUUGGAGAUAUCAAUUGGUCUGGGGGGUCGAUUGACAGGAUUUUAGAGAAAUAUCGAUUUAAUUCGCCUAGACAUUACCACCCCAAAUGCAAAACAUUUAUUGAAUUAUUAUCACGAGUACUAUGAUAGAUUGCAAUGAUUUUAGUCAAUCAAAGAACGCUCGACUAGACUGAUAUAAAGAGUGAAUUUUUUUUAUUAACGAUGCCACGCAUUGACCCGUUGGCGUUGCUCAACUGCCUGAGCGUUUUAUUGGGCCCAAGUGGAGGUAUCAAGGGGACGAAGGAGGUCGAUCGUUUGGCCACACUUAUGACCAAAUUUUCAAAGAAACUAGUGUCCAAAUGCAUCUACAUUCAAAUAUUGAAGACUACAAGUACUGAUUUGCUCAACCAAUUUAUGAGCACAGGUGGUUGGGACCUGAUUCACGUAUGGCUGACGGACGCGAUUCUCGCGAAGAACUGGGCGCUGAUCCAGGAGCUGCUGGAGCUCCUGCUGCUGUGCCCAGUGGACAUAGCCCGGCUGAAAUCUAACAACAACCCAAAGCUGAUAAAAGGCCUGUCGAAGGAGGGCGCCCACCAGGGUGUGAGGCUGCUGGCGUGUCGCCUGGUGGAGCAGUGGCUGAAGAUAGUCAAGGACUCGGUGCCCACCCCAGUGGAUCCCCAGCAGACGAUGGCCCCCAGCCACGUGAUCCCCAGCAGCCAGCACCUGGGGCUGAAGCCAGAGUCUGACGAGGCAAAACCCAAAGGAGAAGUCGAGGGUAACGACAUAUCAACAGUCAAAGUUCAGGAUUUAGUGGCGCCUGAGGCCAGCACUCCACCAGUUGACCAGCAGCAGUCCCAAUUACACGAUAAAAUAUCCAUACAACCUGUUCAAUUACAAAUUGUCAAUAAAACACUACCGGGACAGACUCAACCGACGCAAAUGAAAAAACAAUCGUUCGUCGUUGUAUCGAAUCCAUCACAGAAUCCACCGUCUGUGCCAGUUUAUAAGAUAACGAUACGCGAUGGUAAACAAGUAUUGACUAAAGUCGAGACUGAUGCUGCUAAUAUACAAAGCGUUGUUAACGAUAGCCCUAAGAAUGUUGAUAGUACUGAUACUGUGGUUGAUAACGAUGUUGUUAUGAAGAGUGAGUGCGAUGAUGGGGAUGUCGAGGGGAGUGCAUUAGAGGAUACGAAGGACAGUGAUGGGACAAUGUCAAUUAGCUUUAAGGAAGAUAAUGUAGAUGCGAAGGAUGUUAAAGAUUGUAGUGAUAGUAAGUCUAAUGACAAGGAGAAUAGGGACGAGCUGAAGAAGGAGGAGAAGACGGGGGUGGAGAAGAAGAGCCAUCACAGCUCCAAGGGGUCGAAGCAUGGCUCGAGCUCGAGGUCUAGCUCCCACAAGUCACAUCGGUCUAGCUCCAGCAGCUCCAGGGGCUCUUCUGGCAAGUCUUCCAGGGACAAGGACAGGCAUCAUUCCAGCAGGCACUCCAGCAGCUCCAAGGGCAAGUCCGAGAGGGAGAGGGAGAGGGAGAAGGAGAAGAUGAAGAAGGAUCAGGCGGAGAAGGACAAGGCCACAUUGGAGAAGGUCCAGGGACAGUCGUUGAGCACGAAAUUCGGAAAGAUUCCCAAGAAGAAGAGCGACGAGGAGAAGACGGACAGCUCUGUGAGGAAGUCCUCCACUGACUCCAGGGACAGCUCCAAGGAGAACAAGGACAAGACUGAUCCCAAGAAGGGGCCGGUGCAGGGGGUUCUUGAGAAGAAGAAUAUUUCCAUUUCUAUUGAGAAUAGGAAGAACUCGCUGGACUCCUCGCGGCCUAAGACUGUCAAGACUUUUAAUUCGAAAUUUAGGUCCACUGGGCUCGAGGAGGAGGUCAAACCACCUCCACCGAGGAAUGCUGGGAAGAAACCCGCGGGGACCAGUGGGAAUGAUAAGAGGGUGGUUUUACCGCCUAAGGCUCCGUUGAAGAGGUCCUCACCUUUGAGGGAGACUGCUGUCUCGGAUAAGAGGGCCAAGUUGGCCAUCGAUGCACCUGUGACCACCCUCGGGGAGGACAAGAAGGGGGCUAUUAAACUUAUUCCAGCUAAACCAAAACCCAUGGUUCUUCAGGAGAGCGACAUGUUCAUGGACGCUUUAACGGCUUCUACGAAGAGCAAAGAGCCGAGAAAACGAAAGAGGCGGAGCUCGCUGUCCAAGGAUGAUAAGGCGGAUGGCAAGAAGACGGACGCUAAUUCGAUGGACGCCAAGGAGACAACACCACCGCCGUCAGCCUCGCCAACGGGGGCCGACGAACGCUCGCCGAUAUCGAUAAAGCCUGACUUCAAAUUCUACCAAGACACGUUGGAGACCGACGAGGACAAGGAGGUCAAGGAGAAGGACUCCCCGGACUCCGAGAAGGAUGAAGACCCCAAAGAGCCGCUCCGCCCGGAGAGUCUCGACGAGGACGAGGGCAGCCGCACGCCGACCAACGAAGAAGAGGUGGAGGACCCGAAGGCCCCGGCGUCCCCGGACGACCCGGAGGACCUCCCGCGGGCGCCCUCCAGCCCCAACCCGGAGAUCCGCUACGUCGACGGCCUGCGCAGUGUUCUCCUCCUGCAGAAGCGCAAGGGCCCCAAGAAGAACCUCAAAUGGAAGGAGGACCUGGAGUCGGUGAGGUACUUCGAGCUCGACGAGACGGAGCGCGUGAACGUCACGAAGACCUUCACCGACAUGAAGCAGAUGGAGAAGCAGGGGGAGAGGGAGGCCUUCCAGAUGGCGCGGAAGCUCAACACCGAGGACGUGAUGGAGGAGAAGACCCGGUGGCGGCUGCUCAUCCCCAUCGACCUACCCCCACCCCUGGUGGAGCCCGGGAAGGAGUCCAAGGAGAAGGACAUCCAGUACGCGAGGGAGAAGGGCAUCCUCCAGGCGUUGUACUUCAACCGGGGAAUGAUACCCGACUCCGCGGCCGAACCCGACGACGAGAGGCACCACGUCCCGGUGGACCCCAAGGUCAUACCCCUGGACGAUCUCACGGGGAACAAGGAGAGCGAAAAAGACUUCACGAUGGUUCCCUGGCCGGAGCCGAAGCCCUCGCUGAUCCCCCCGCCACCGCCGGUUGUCCCCAGUGUCUAUCAUCAGGGCUACACCCAUCCCCAGGGGAUGGGCCUGCCCCAGGGGAUGCCACCGCCCCAGAUGCCCAUGCCCAUGGGCCAGCCUGUACCCCCGGGCAUGAUGGGGAUGAACCACAUCGUUCCGGACGUCAGCGCCGGCGGCUGGAGGACUGGAGAUGGCAAAGUUGUGGUGCCUGAUGUCAACAUUCCUGGCAUGAACAACAUGACGAAUAUCACGGGAUUCCCACCACCCAACAUGAUGCCUCCACCGGGGAUGUUUAAUCAUCAGGGGCAUCAUCCUGGCCAUCAGAAUCCUGAGGGCUUCCCGCCCAUGAUGAUGGAGGAGGGGAACUUCGUGGGGCACAUGCCCAAUAAUUUUCAGGGACCAGCCAUGUUUGGGCCGGGGCCCAAUUUCCAGGGACCACCGCCCAGGCCUGGCAUGCGGGGGAGGGGGGGGCCCGGCUGGUUCAGGGGGGGCAUGGGACCCAUGAGGGGGGGGUGGCCGGCGAGGGGGAACUGGAGGGGGGGCAAACAACCACCGGUUUGCAGGCAGUUCAGCAAGAAUGGCUUCUGCAGGGUUGGGGACAAGUGCCAGUAUCUUCAUCCUGGGGUUAAUUGUCCACCUUUUUGA